CUAUUCCCUUUUUGCUCUUAAAUCCCUAAUUUCGAAGAACCUAAGCGCGACCGAAAGGUUUUGGAGAUGGCAUCGAAACGGAUUUUGAAGGAAUUGAAGGAUCUUCAGAAGGAUUCUCCUACUUCGUGCAGCGCAGGACCCGCCGCUGAAGACAUGUUUCAUUGGCAAGCUACGAUAAUGGGUCCUUCCGACAGCCCUUACUCUGGUGGUGUUUUUCUUGUAACCAUUCAUUUCCCUCCAGAUUACCCCUUUAAACCUCCUAAGGUGGCUUUUAGGACCAAAGUGUUCCAUCCAAACAUUAACAGCAAUGGGAGUAUCUGCCUCGACAUCUUGAAGGAGCAGUGGAGUCCUGCCCUCACUAUCUCCAAGGUGCUGCUAUCGAUCUGUUCGUUGUUAACGGAUCCAAACCCGGAUGAUCCCUUGGUUCCGGAGAUAGCUCACAUGUACAAGACAGACAAGAACAAGUACGAGUCCAAUGCAAGGACCUGGACCCAAAAGUACGCCAUGGGCUGACCACUGUGUUAUUUUUACUGUCCGAAAGGAUGAAUAAUUAAACUCUUUCUUAUUUAUGUGUAAUGAACUCGUCUCUCUUAUAAAAAUUUGUGAAGACAGAAUCAGUAAGAAGUCAUAUGAUCUCCAUUUUCAUCACA